CGCGCGGCCGCGGGCGACGGGGGCGGAGCUGCACGGGCUGCGGCGCGCGUGGGCGGCGGGCGGCGGGGAGGCCACCGGGCUGACGGCGGGCCAUCUACGCCCGCCUGUUCCUCCUCGGCCUGGGCACGCCAAGGGCCGCGGUGGAGGAGGCCCUGGGCGCGGGCGCGGCGGAGGCGCUGCUGCGGUGCGGGCUGCUCGAGGAGGUGCUGGACACCCUGUGCGUGGGGGCGGUGCAGCUGUUCCCGUUCGAGGGCCUGGUGCUCGCGACGGACUGGCCCAGCGAGAGCGUGGGGCCCGAGGGCGAUCCCGUCAUGGCCAUCGGCACCGACUCCAUGGACUGAUGACCUCUUUCUGCCUCGCCCUUCGGCGACGGCCCGGGGCCGGGCUCGCUCGUCCGGGGCCUCGGCGUGCUGGACCUCUGCACCGGCUCCGGCGUGGCCGCGCUCCACGCGGCGAGGUGCGGUGCCUCGCCGGUCGUGGCCGCGGACGACGUCAGCCCGCGGGCCUGCGCGAUGGCCAGGCUCAACGCGGCGCUGAACGGGCUGCCGCACGUGGACGUGGCGCAGGGCGACCUCUUCGGCGCCCUCCACCGUGGGCCGGGCGAGGGCCCGCUGCCGAGCGGCUUCCACCUGGUCGUGGCCAACCCGCCCUUUGUGGCCGCGCCCGUGGGCCCGCAGCGCGCGCCGACGCUGUACGUGGACGGGGGCCCCGACGGCCUCGCCAUCACCUCCCGCAUCCUGCGCGGGGCGCCUGCCCACCUGGCCGACGGCGGGGGGUGCAUCAUCGUCGGCGAGUUCCCGAACCUGGCCCGCAGCGCGCCCGCGGCGCCCGACUGGGCGCCCACCGGCUACGCCUCCGUGGCCGCCGUCUACGCCCAGGCCCACGUGCAGGGCGCGGCGGAGUACGCCGCGGACCGCGGGGGCCCCGUCGCCCGGUGCUGGCUCGACUCGCUCGCCGAGCACGGCGUCUGCGACGUGACGUCCGGCCUGCUCGUGGCGCGCGCGGGCGCGGGCACGCCCCGCGGAAGCGCCCGCUUGCUUCAUGCCGGUCGGCGGGUUCUCGCGGGCCCUCUGGCGGGCGCGGGACGCCGACGAGUCCUGGACCGACGAGGCGCAGGCCGCGACGGGGCUCUGCGAGGUGCGCGCGGCGGUGCGGGCGGCGCUGGGCCUCGGCGGCCGCGCGGAG